ACAGCCAGAAUUGACCGCGUACGUUUCGUUUGUGAACAACUUUUGUGUGCAAUGGAAGCAGCUGAGCUACCACCCCUGUCGGGGCGCAUUCUGGAGCGCAUCUUUCGACACUUGAGUGCAUUCCAGUUGGCACGCGCCCGGCUCACUUGCCGCCAGUGGAACGAGGUGAUUACCGGCAGUCCACAAUUGGUGGCCAAGUUUCGCCUUUCGUUGGAGCGGUUCUUCUGUGGGGGGGAAACGGAGCGGGAUUUUAUGUUGGAAAAUGUGAAAACUUGCUACAGUACUGCCGAUUAUGGGGCAAGUCACCUUAUCCAGGUGGAGCAUGUUUGGGUUACAGUUGGACCGAACAUUCGACACCUGAUCAUCCAUGAUUGCUGGUUGGAUUUGUCAAAAGUGGGCUACAUGUUGAGAUAUUUGCCAAACUUGGAGGAGCUAACUUUUACGCCGUAUUACUUGGAGAGUGAUAUGAUUAAGGACGUGAAGAUUGACUAUCGAAUGGAUAAACUGGCUACACUGACAAUUGGAUCAACGGACAGGAUUGACGAGGUUUUGGACCUGUUCAAACAAAUCUGUUCAAACUUGGUGGUUUUGAGAGUUUGCUGUAAAAAGCAUGAUUGCAAUGAAGAAAAGUUGUUAAAUUUGAUAUUUGCAUCGAGAGACACUCUGCAGGAAAUCAGUUUGAAGAAGUACAACUUUGAAGAUGAAUUCUUGACGAAAAUAUCUUCGAUGGAUCGACUGGAAUUGAAGCGGUUAUCACUUAAGCAAUGUUACAUUGAAAGUGAAGAAGAUAUAUUCAAUCUUUCACUUGCACAGCCACUGCUUGAACACCUCGAUAUUCAAUCAGCGCAAUUGAGAAGCAAUGAGGUUUUAGUAAAAAUUGCGCAAAAUCUACCGUACUUGAGAAGCUUGAAAAUAAACUUAAACAAACUGAAAGGAUCGCUGUUGGACGACUCUCUUAACUGCAUGCCUGCGUUAGAACAUUUGAAACUUUUAAGUGAGCGACCCAAAAGAAUCGACAUCAGCAAGUUUCAGAACUCAAACCUUGCUAAGCUCUCAUUAUCCAGUGUUACACUCACGAUGAAUACCCUAGAAGGAAUUACAAACAAUCUUCCAAAACUAAAGACUCUCACUCUUGAGUGCUCCGAGCACAAAUCUCCAAUACCUCAAAGUGUUCUUGAAUCCCUGAAAUCCCUCAAACUCAAACAAGUGACGAAUCUGGAAACCACAAUUUACCCUACAAAAUCCACCUGGAACCUCAAGCACCUGCAAGUGAUUUCCUGUGACUUAUCGGGAAAAUUACUACAAUCGAUUUGUCAGCAAUGUCCCCUGCUCGAAACAGUCCACCUGGAAUCUACGUACUACGUGUGCGAUCGCGAUGUACAGCUGCUGUGUAGGACGCUGAAACGACUUCGAUCGUUGAGUCUCGUGGACUGUCGACUCGUUAGCGAUGUCACCGUUGAGAACGUGAUCGUGCACUGUCUGAAGUUGGAAUACCUUCGAAUCGAGUACUGUCGGAAGGUUGAGAAAAAUCGACGCUGGUAUCAAACUGAAAUGAAGCCAAGAUUUAAGAUCAGUAUUGGACCAGAGUGCUGGUACAAGGAUAGUUGAGCAGGAAAAGCUCGUAAAAACAACUUUGUAUGAGAAGAGUGUUUGCCAAAUAAAAAAUAAACCCAAAAUAGACAAUACAAAAAA